AUGUACGAGGGUGCUAAGACUCGGGUGAGGACAGUGGGAGGGGACUCAGAACACUUUUCGGUUGUGAUGGGGCUGCACCAGGGGUCAGCCCUCAACCCAUUUCUGUUUGCCCUAGCGAUCGAUACAUCGACGUGUCACAUUCAAAGGGAGGUGUCGUGGUGCAUGUUGUUUGCAAAUGAUAUUGUACUGAUUGACGAGACAUAUUGUGGUGUUAACGAGAGGUUAGAGGUUUGUACACAAACUUUGGAGUCUAAAGGUUUGAAGUUGAGCACGAUCAAAACACGAUAUGUGGAGCGCAAGUUCAGUGGCGCGACUCAGGAAGAGGACGAAGGCGUGAGGCUUAAGUCACAACCCAUUCCUAAGAGAGAAAGUUUCAAAUCGGUUUGCUUGUUAUUGCCCCUCCCCUUCAUGAGCCGAGGGUCUCCCGGAAACAGUCUCUCUGCCUUUAAAAGCAGAGGUAAGGUGCGAGAAUGGCUUAGCCCAUAUGGGAUCAAAGAUGUGAGGAGUGGACCGCAUUUGCGCUUCUACAUGUGCGGAGAAGUGGUCGCAGAUGCGGAAGAGGUUGUUUGUUCAUCCUCCGCAGAAGCAGAGAAUACUCUGCAGGAGCACACUCGUAGGUGCGAUGUAUUGUGA